AUGCCACCCGCCCCAUAUGCCUCUAGGCAGCCUCCUAGCGAGGCAACCAAAAAGCCCGUCACAGUCCUAGUCACUGGCUUUGGAUCCUUUCUGGACAAGGUCCCUGACAACCCAUCAUGGGGGGUCGCCCUGAGCUUACCUGCUCUCAUACCCGCAUCAGCCGAUAGCCCGACACCGAUACAUAUUCAUGUCCACCAUGAGCCCGUCCGGGUUGCUUAUCAGCAUGUACUUGACCUCGUCCCAAAGCUUCUGCCCCCGAAGAACCCCAUGUACCCGGCUCCAGACAUCGUUUUGCACAUUGGCUUAGCUGCUGGACGAAACCACUACGCUGCAGAAGAAGGCGCCUGGGGUAGAAACUAUGGAAAGAUCCCAGAUGUAGAUGGCGAACGCUUCUCUGACGACGACAUGGAGACGUUGUUCCCUGCUAAGCAAUUUCCACAGAGGCUAUGCACCUCAUUCGACACCUCCGACGUCCUUGCCCGAUGGAAACUCAACCUCACAGACAGCAACAGCGCAUCCACCCCCGACGUCCGCAUCAGCCAGGAUCCUGGCAAUUUCCUCUGCGGCUUCAUCUACUACAACUCACUAGCGCAUUACUAUUCUCUCAGCAAAGAUAAAAGACCGGUUGUGUUCCUACAUGUCCCAAAUAUAAGCCGCAGCGAAGAUGAGAUGAAGCAAGGUCUGCAUGUCACCGUUGCGCUGAUCAAAGCACUGGUACAGAGUUGGCAAGAGCUUGGUGUAGCUAGGGACGAAACGAAUGGUCCCGUUUCGACUGAGCAAGUGCCUUUACAAGGCCAAAUCGACAAUAAUUUCUCCACUUAA